AUGGAGGAAUCCGAGUCUAUACCGAACUUUACUAGGUGUGAUGGAGAGAAACUUAUACAAUGCGAUGCAAACAGCAACUUGGCCAAACUGAGAUGUAUUAAGGAUGAAAUACAUAAAAUAUUAGUAUUGCUCAGACUUCCAAAGCAUCACACGAUUAGAUCGAGAUUUAAUGUAGAGCUUGUAGAAGCUACUGAAAAUCCACUAAUUCAUAAAUUCCGACUCUUAUCUGAAUCACUAUUAUAUACUGAUAUUAUAUAUUUAGAUGGUGACAAACUAGAGCCAUUUUUAGACGCUGUACAGUCUGCAGAUAUUGGUAGUACUGCUACUGCAUGUGCAAUUGAUGCACUGAACAAGUUUUUGUUGCAAGGUUUAGUAGAUACAUCGAAUACAAACUCUCAUAUUACUAAUUCAAUCGUAACGGGCUUACUAAAUUGUAGAUUUACUGCCUCUGGGAGUGAUAGUGAUGAAUCUACUCUAUUGAAACUCAUAAAUACUUUAGUUGACAUUAUUAAAUCUCCUUUGGCUAACUUGAUUGACAAUGACUUAGAAUAUCAAGCUGUCAUAAAGUGUUUUCAGAUAUCAAGACAUCCUAGAGCAUCUCACUUGUUAAAAUCUACUGGGGAAAAUUCGAUGUUCCAGCUUGUUAUUAUUAUUUUUAAAAGAUUUGGUGAAAAGAUUAACUCUGACAAAAUCAAUAAUUUUGAGGGGAUUUGUCGCUUACUAAAGUUUUUAUCAGUAUUAUCUUCAUAUAAUAAUACAUUCCGCACUAAGACAAGUAAUAUGGACGAAUUUGACUUAAAGAUGACAACAAUUGAGGAUGAAAUAACAAAGUUGUUACAAAGAAUGAUUCCCAUAGAUUCAACUGACUCUUUGAAUAUAAUAGAAAUUAGAGUAAUGGGCCUUUCACUUUUGAAUGCUGCUCUAGAAAGUGGUGGUAGCGCACUAGGAUCUUUGAAGCUUUUAAGUAAUCUUAUUCAGUACGAUGUUUGUGGCCAUAUCAUGAUUAAUAUGCUGAACAGUUCACAGCAAAUUUUUGAUCUAACGCUACGCUGCAUAUUCAACAUUUUCUUUUAUUUUAAAGCUUAUACUAAAAAGCAAUUUGAACUGUACUUCAGCUUAAUUAUGUCGUAUAUUGUUAGAGAUGAUAUCAAUAACUCGAUCCUAAGUAUAGCACCAACUGCAGAAAACUUCACAAUUUUAGAGCAGCGUGAGUUAGCUUUAGAAUUCAUUCUUGAAAUUUGCGGUGAGACAAAUCUAGCAAUUGAAUUGUAUCAAAACUAUGAUUGUGAUUUACUAUGUGGAGAUCUAUUCCAAUCUUUAAUAAAGUGCCUAGUAAGUCAAUUCAAUUUGGAAACUCCUGAUUCAGUCACUAAAAAUACUGAUAUUAAGAAUACCUUCACUAUAUUUCAACGAAUUAGCUUAAAGGGACUUACCUUUAUUAUUAAAGGCCUAUUAAGAACUUUACUAGAGAACUUAUACCAAUGGGAAUUUGUCAGCAUAUCAGAGCAAGGCAAUAUACAGCCAAAUGAAAAAUACUCUGCAACUUUGAGCCUAAUAUCACAUAUAUCUACAAAUCCUAUUGGCUCACUCUCUGCUCUAAAGGAACAGAAAGAAUUAAAAAUACGUUUGGAGAAAGGUUCGCAAUUUUUCAACAAUAAUUCAUCUAGAUGCAUCGAAGAUCUGCAAGGUUUAGAUUUACUUCCUGUUACUGGUAUGACGGCAAAAGAUAUGGCACUUUUUUGCAGGAGUACACCAGGAAUAGAUCCACAAAUCUUGGGUGAAUAUAUUUCAAAAAAUAAGGAUUGGAAUGGACAAGUAAGAGCUGCUUAUAUGUCAACCUUUUCAUUUUGUGGUGAAACUUUAGUCGACAGUUUGCGUGCAGUACUAUUGACAUUUCGAUUACCUGGUGAAGCUCAGCAAAUUGAGAGGAUAAUGGAAUCAUUUGCAGUGGAAUUCUUUAUUCAGCAAGAGAAAUGUGAUAUUGCAACUGAGUCUAGCGAUAAAGAUAAAUUUGACUCAAAUACAGUUAAAUCAGAGCUAGAAACUCCCCGUAUUAUGAGAUUAUUAAAGUCAGAAACUACUUUUGAAAAUUCAGACUGGUUUACUAUUGAAAAUAGUGAUACUAUUUUUAUUUUGAGCUAUUCAAUUAUAAUGUUAAAUACAGAUCUUCAUAAUAGUCAAGUUAAAAAUAAGAUGAGUAUUGAGGAAUUUAUUAAAAAUAAUCGUGGAAUAAAUAAUAAAAAAGAUCUUCCACCCGAAUUUCUUAUCUCAAUUUUUAAUUCAAUAAAGUCAAAUAAGAUAGAGCUAUCAGAAUAUUCCCAAAACUCUCUCCCAUUCUCUGGUACAUUAGACUUUUGCGUUAACUACGAUUCAUGGAGAAAACAAUUACGAAAGCCAUUGGGGUUACAAAAUUAUGCAAGGGCGUUGAACAACCAGAAAAAGGAAAAAGAUGAGUCUAAUAAUUUUUCAUUCUAUAUUUACAAAGAUAUUUUUCAUUUGAUUAUUGAUGAGCAUGCUUUGGACUGUAUAUUGAAGAGUUUUAAUCUCACAACAGAUAUAAGCAUUAUGGCUAAUUGUAUGGAGGCAGUACUUGACUUGGUAACACUUGCAUGUAUUUUUGAAAAUACUACCUUUUUAUAUAAAAUUAUUCAACAGCUUUCGCUUUAUAUUAAUGUUGCAAUUACGGCUCGAUGCCAGUUUAUCCUCCCAAUUUUCUUCCAUAUUAUUCGUUUUACAGCUUCAUUUUGGAGUGAAGUGUUUCCAUGGGAUAUAUUAAUUGAGGUCAUUUUAAAGCUACACUCACUAAGACUACUACCAUCAAAGUGGGCAGAAUGGGAUGAAUUUAUAGAUCAUAGUAGCAAGUGUAUGAGUACACACUUACAAUAUCCUAUUGUACACUUAUCAUCAAGAUCAAAGACAUUUGGUAUUACUUAUGGUUAUGAAUCGAUAAAUAGGCUUACAAAGAAUUUGCAUAGCUCAGAUAAUUUAGCUAAUAAUACUGAUAAUAGAAGCUCGAGUAUUAGUAAUAGAAAAAAAGCACUUAGAAUUGUCAGGGGAUCUCUUGUACCAUUUUUAAAAACAAUGAAAUCGAAGGUUUCUUCAAGUUCAAACAACUGGUUAAUUGAUUUGACUAGUCUAAUAUUUCGUUCUACUGAAGAAGAAGAAGAAGAAACUACAUUUAACUUUUUACCAGAGCCCCAGUCUAUUGCAGAUGGAGCUUUACUAUAUAUUGGUGAGCAGGAUGAGAGGCUUCCAAAACAAAUGUAUGACAAUCUCAGUUUCACUCCUUCAGAGAUGAUUUUAUCAUGGAUCUUAAAUGGAAGUUCACCUUUUCUUGCAAUUUCUGUAUACAUAAUAUUGAGAGAUACUAUAAGAUGGAAUGUACAGACUAAAUUUCUUUUUUCAAGAUUAUUUCAAGAUAGAAUAAUUUUUGAAGAUAUGGAUAUUGAUUUACUUCCUUCUAUAUCCGGAAAUGCAUGGGAAUUGUUCGAAUAUUUCUGUACUUCUUGCCUACCGAUUGAUAGGAUUUUGUACAAAAAUCUAAGAAGUACUAGUCUGGCCUAUUACUUACCUUUUGUUGAUUGCUUAAUUAAUAAAGUGAAUUCCUUUCCAUUUCCAGAAGGUAACUUGAACACAGAAAGUAUUCUAAACUAUGAAGACUUACAUGGACCUAUAAAUAGUAAUUCAUCUGAAUUUCAUGAAAGUAAAAAUUCAGAGUACUUAGGACUAUCAAGGUCUAUACCGUCAGACUGGGGUCCACUAGUUUGUACCCAUAAAAUGAAGCUGAAUAGUUUUAGGAAAGUGGCUGAUUCUCUUCUUUGUAUAGAUUUAUUGAUGGCAAUUGCUUCAUUAACUCUUUCACUGAAAAGUUAUAGGAAUAGUAACUCAUUGAAGCAAGAUAACUUAAAUUCGACAGAUGAUGCUAAACUAUGGAAAUUAGUCGCCGAUUUAUUUACUUCUCAUAUAAAGAGAUAUUCAAUCUUUAACUCACAAAAAGGAAAUAUAAAUAGUGAAGAGUUGGAAGAUAGUACAAAGGCUUCUCGAGAAAUAUUGGAAAACAUAGAUAAUUCAAAAUCCGAAUCUAACAAUAAUAGAUCUUUGACUCGUCCUGAGCUCAUGUUUAUUGAACGAAUAGUUGUCAACUCUUUGCAAUUAUUAAUGCAAUUUGUUUGGGUUUCUAAAGAAAUUACGAUACCUUUAUUCACCGGUUUAUUAGAAGCAUUUGUUCAGCUUCAUCCUAUUGUAUUUAGUCUUCAUGCGGAACGCAUUGUAGCCGCUCUUCAAUUUAUAAUGCAACCAAGUAAGGAGAAUAGUGAAGUUACAAGUUUUGAAAGAAAUGAGGAGUACAUAUCCUUCAUAUUCCAUAGUGACUAUCCAGUUUUGCUUAUAUUGGGUAUUUUACAACGUAUGGUAUAUAUUCCUUCUUUGGCAGUUUCUUCGAGCUCGGUUUCCGUACCUGAAUUCUACCCAGGCCGUUUAUCUGAUCCCCAAGCUUUGGUUUUAACAUCACUGGAAUGUCUUGGAAUAUGGCUUUAUAAUAGCAAUUACACAGCUUUUCUGCAUAGUAAAAUUUCACUAAUAAUUCAAACUUUGGUAACUUUUGCUAUAUAUACUCCUACUAUACAUGAUGGAUGUGCAGUAAUCCUAAAUCCUGAUGAUGAUAGUGCUGAAAAUAAUUAUGAUGCUAAUUUGCAAGCUGUAUCUUUAAUAUGCUCUUUAUUAUCUCUUUAUUCAGCUAGUGACCAUUCAUCAAUGCUACCUCCAGUUGUACACACUUUAUGUCUCGUAGCAUCUUAUGGACCAAAUGUCGUUCGUCGUCAUGCAAUAACUCGUCUACAACAAACUUUAGGGUCACUACCAGUUGAGAGUGCUUGGUUUGUUGAGAGCCCCUGGGUAUGGUGGAAUAUAAUUCAAACUUGCUUUUUACCCUUAAUUACCUACGAAUUUUCCUUUCCAUACCAUAAUAUUUAUAAAUCUGGUAAUAAGUGCAACGACAUAAGCUCCGCACUCCUUGCGCAAAGAUUUACUCUGGCUGGUGCUCAAAUUGUACUAGGAAAUGAGGCUGUUCUUAGGAGACAAGCUGAAGCAGUAACUACUAUAUCUCGAAUAAUUCUUACAAGAAUUGAUUUACUUCUAAAACCACUGUUAAUACCUGAGGAGAUUAUCGUAUCUGAUUAUUUGUUACUUUAUAUAAAUAACGAGAGAGUAGAUUCAGUCAAAUCAUUUAUAUUACUUAUUCCUGUCUUGAUUUCUCUCAUUGAUACAUUAAUAUCCCAGGCAGCUGGAUCACUAACAAUUUUUUUUGCAGAAACCUUGAAAAACAUAAUUCUAGUAGUAGCAAGUUCAGCAGUAUCAACUAUAUUUGAUGAGUUGGUAAUUUUUCCACUUUGUUACUUUGAAGUGUGUAAAUCGAAGUCGGUUAUUAUUGAGUGCUUGAGAUUUAUUUUGAAUGAAUGUAAAGAAAAAGAUAUAUUGAGUGUAAUGAAUAUGACCAUAAGAUAUCUUGUUCAUCCAAAGUUUCCAGACCUUGCUGUAGAGUUAAAUGAAGUUCUAGACUUAUUGAAAUCUUGUAGAGGAAAAUCAUCUGAAAUAAAUAAUGAACUACAAGCAGAGAUAUAA